AUAUCAUAAAAAUGUUGAUCAAAUACCAUCAACGUAUGGUACUGAUAUUUAAUCAAGUAUUUCUCAUAUAGCAAGAGAAAUAAUUUACCAAACUCCGCUUCAAAUUGUUAAAUGGCUAGAUGGAAUGUCAUACACGCGUCAUGUUUUGUUUGUAUACUAUCAAGAUGUAUUAUGGUUCAAACGGUUACCACGUUGCACGGAUGGCUUUUACGGUAGGGACUGUUCUAUACCUUGUCCAAAACCAUUUUUUGGCUGGAAUUGUCAAUUAAAUUGCACAUGCAGCAUUGAAGACUGUCACCACGUUUACGGGUGCAGGAGAACACCAUUAGAAUGUGCAACUGGAAAGUAUGGCGACUAUUGUGAGUUUUCUUGUCGUUACCCAAACUAUGGAAAUAGAUGUCAGUUGGCUUGUCUCUGUGAUGAAGUGUUUUGUGAUCCUUCUAGUGGAUGUGCAGAGGCUACAACAGAGGCUGAACCGAAAUCUACCAGCAUCUUCCAUUUGGACAAUAUGUGUGCAGAAGAGAAGAAAAAUGUAUAUGAAAGUAAUUCUACAUCUUUAAUUGCUGGUAUUAUCAGUCUUCUGAUCGUUGCGGGGUUGUUGCUAGUUCUGUACGCAAUGGCGUAUCUACAUAACUUCACGUGCAUAGUUCAAGGAGAUACAGCUAGUGAAAGCACACUUUGAAAGGAUAAAGUUUACGACUCUCACGUUCAAUCAAAAUAUGACAGCAUGGAACAUUUUCUCUGAACAUAUAUCUAAAAGAUUAACAAUGCAAUUAAAGAUUUAAGUUCUGAUUUAUUCAGAAUUCUUAACUAUAACGCUAAGAAACAAGAAGUAGCAAUUUUACACUGAAUUUCAUCAUAUAAUUUUCCAAACAUCUUUUCCGUAAAAAAAAGAUGAACCGCCUAAUUACUCAUUCUAGUAUUUAAUGCUAUCACUUGCUCGACAAUGAUAUGAUAGAAUUUGAGGAAAACAGAAUGUCGUUCCAAAAAAUCUUAAAAUAGUAUCUGCAACUCUCGACUGUUAUGAGGAUCUAUUGCACGUGUUCCAGGCAUCAGUUGUCUAUCAAAUGCAUGGGUUUUCUAUAUGUCAUUGCGUUCUCGUCAAACGUAACCACAUUUUGAGAAUUAUCGCGUUCAAAUGAUGCCUAAACUCAACGAUGCAAUUGGGUGAAUAGAAGCAGCUGUGUCAUCAUUUGCAUUUGCAAGCGAUUUCAUUGUUGCACAAAACAUCAUAUUUCACCUUUGGAGUAGAUAUCAACACCAUGGUUCAACAAAUUAGCAGGUAUACUACACGUCAGCUCACUAGCACAGGAUUCCUUCACCUGCUUGCUUCAUUACGAUUCACAACAUCUCCCUAUACAACAAUACUCAUUCCUAGGAUUCUCAGAGUAAAAAAGGUGAAGAUAACGAAUAGCGACCAAUCUCAAAAAUUCUUAAUAAGAAUAGAACUUCAGAGUAGGGCAAACUUGGACCCCUGGAAAUCCGAAAAGUGCCUAAGAGGAGUAAGCAUCCCCUGUCAACCGGUCACAUCAACCAUCAUCUUGAUCGGACAAACGAAGUGAUCUAUAGGCGAAUUCGUGUGUAUACAACGAACUAAAUUGGUAUAAAACAUAUCUGGUAACAUUUCACCCAACUGCAGGUUGAAUUAGUAGAUUAUAUCGUUACAACGACCAUGAAUUUUGCAAAAUGCAGACUUUAAACGAAAAUGUUGAAACUCCGUUAACAUCAACUAGUUUGUCAGUAGACUGAGUCGAUAUAAAAACUGAUCAUACGCGGAAACAAGUUUUUUUUAUCACUACACGUUGGUUACUCUCUAUCAUAUCCAAUGUUCACUAAUAAUGAUGAUUGCCUAUCCUAUUCAGAGUUCGAGACCCGCUCUUGGCGUGGCCUUAUACAACUUAUGACGUAAAUAUGGGUACUCACCGUUCCUUUGUCAAACGAAGGCAAUCGCUUGUCUUUCGGAUAUGACCCCCAACACGAAGAUCCUGUAUCACAGAAUGCUUUGGUAUGUUACAGAUCCUUCAUUGCUACGACCCGGAGCCCCAAGCAUAGAUUUACAUUUGUGGUAUUUCACAUAAAUGUGGGGACUUUACAAUGAAAGGCGAAGAUAACGAACAGAGAUCAAUCUCAUAACUCCUAUAAACAAUACAAAUUAGAUAUCUCGGCAAACAAGAUUUCUGGAUACACCAUAGGUAGGAUCAGGUGCCGAGGAGGAGUAAACAUCCCAUGUCGACCAGUAACACCCACCGUGAGCCCUAUAUCCUGAUCAUGUAAACGGAGUUAUCCGUGGUCAAAAUCAGAGUGAAAACAUUUUAACGGAACGUAAACGAAAACAAACCCUACUCCAUAUACCUGUCUUACUGUUCUUGUUCAGAUUAAACCAUUAACGUCAAAGCCUAUUCUAAAUGUGACUCUAUAGAUAUUUGCUUAUAUACAAAAUUAAAUCAGACUCUAAAUCUAUUGAUAUAGAUUUAUGUUAAGAUAACAACAUUGAAGUCAAAUUAUUAGAUAUGACUAUAUAGAUCUGUGUUAAGAUGAUACCAAUAACGUCAAAUUAGACUUUGAAUUUGAUUAAACCGUAUUGUAGUAUUGUAUUGUGAGUUUGAAUGCUCAAUGUGGUAAUUUGGGAAUGCUUAAUCAUUUAAGGUCAAUAGUUUAUCUCUGCUGACUGUAUCUCUUAAAAUUCGUUUCUAGAAGGGAGGGGGUAGGGUUACAAAAUCUGACAUAGUUUCAGAUUAAACCUCAUUUGGUAUAUUUUUUUUUCUAUUCAAUAUCUUAGAUACUACUUGACUUAUUGUAAAAAUGAAAUAAAAUCAGAAAUUUUAUGAGCAGAAUUUUGUUGUUGUCAGAAAAUGUAUGCCUGAUAGUAUUUGAGAAACGCCAUAUUUAGGGUAAAUUUGGCCAAUUGCCAAGUCGAAUCAUCCCAAUGUUUUCCUUUGAUGCAUUUUGAAUUUCUAAUCAAUGUUGAUUUUUUAUCUGUUUGUGUUUAAUUUAUAUAACUAUAUAUGACAAACAAUAUUUCUGGUGUCAA